AAACAACUCAAUGUAUAAAAACAAGCAAAUAUGACCCACUCAGACACACAAUAUUGAAAGUCUGAAAGCAUGCUUGCUGGCUUUAAGGAGUGUAACAAACUUGCAAACAAGUAGGGGGUCGGUAAGAGAGAGAGACAGAGAUUACAGCUGGUACGUACUCCGAUUCAAUUCGAUCCCGGCCGGCCGGAGGAAGAAUGAUGAUGCCGAGGACGCGGCAGGUUAUGAUGACGGCGGCGGCGCUGCUGAUGCUGAUACACGGCGACAUAAAAGGGGCGGCGGUGGAGGCGCUGAGAAUCGACGUGAGGUCGGGAUCGUCGAAGUGCAUCAGAGAGGAGAUGCAGGUGAAUACCAUGACCAUCGGAAAGUACUCCAUCAUCAACCCUAUCAUCGAUCUCCCCGUCCCCAAAUCCCACAAGAUCACCGUCCGGGUGACUUCACCGUUGGGGCAAUAUUAUCACUAUGCGGUAGAUACAGAUCACGGUAAUUUUGCAUUUACAGCAGCAGAGAAGGGCGAGUACAAGAUUUGUUUCUGGGCAGCUGAGCACAUUCCUCCUACCACCAUUUCCAUCGGCUUCGAAUGGAAGUCCGGUUAUGCCACCAUUGAUUGGUCCAAAAUCGCCAAGAAACGCCAGAUACAAGGAGUGGAAUUCGAGCUAAGAAAAAUGUUCGAUACAGUACUAACCAUUCACGAUGAGAUGUACUAUCUUCGAUCAAGGGGAGAAGAAAUGCAAGCACUGACGAAGGCAACGAACACGAAGAUGGCAACCUUCAGUUUUCUGUCUCUUUUGGUCUGCAUGUCCGUCUCUGCUCUCCAAAUGUGGCAUCUCAAGAAAUUCUUUGAGCAAAAGAAGCUUGUUUGAUCUUUUUUUCUUGCAUAUAGCACUUACAGUUGUAGCUAUUGGUAAAACUGGGAGAGUAUCCAAUUCUUCCAGUGUUAUAUUUUUGGUUAGACCCCUUAAAGGAGAACGGAAUUGUACAAUUUUGAAGGUGCCCAUGGUUAAUCACAUGGAUAGAACAAUGUUCCCAUAUGGCUGAAUUUCUACCGAUAUUUUGCGAGCUGAUUCCACUGUAGAAUUGGUUUCAUAACUAUCAUUUGACUUUACCUACUGAAAGUAAGUUUUUACGCGAUAACAUUUGUAAACUGC